AUGACUGAAUUUCAGAUUGGCCAAUCGUUCCAGAGUAAGGAGGAAGCCGUGCUGAGCGUAAAAGAUUACAGUAUCCGGCGUGGAGUUGAGUAUAAGGUUAUGGAGUCAAACAAUCUGAAAUACCAAGGGAGAUGCAAGGAGUUUGGUAACGGGUGCACGUGGUUGAUUCGGAUAGUCAUGCGGAAAAGGAAGAGCACAUGGGAAGUUAGGAGAGCUGAUGCGUCGGUGUCGAUUAAGGUGUUGCAAGAGGCAACGGAGGCGACAUAUGGAUUCAGGUCUAGUUAUCGGAAGGUGUGGUUGGCGAAGCAGAAGGAAGUAUCGCAGAUAUAUGGCGAUUGGGAGGAGUCGUAUGCGGAUCUGCCUCGAUGGAUCCUUGGGGUCACAUGCACCAUGGAAGGUUCCGUUGCUCUGCUGAAGACCUCCCCGGUUAGAGUAGGUGACCAAGUUGAUGAAGAUAGAGUCUACUUUCAUCGCAUGUUUUGGACAUUCCCUCCAUGUAUUGAGGCAUUCCGCCACUGUAAGCUGCUCGUAAGCAUCGACGGAACACACCUCUAUGGCAAGUAUGGCGGGACAUUGUUGUUGGCGAUCGCUCAGGAUGGUAACUCGAAUAUUUUGCCUGUUGCGUUUGCACUCGUGGAGGGGGAAAAUGCAGAGUCUUGGUCAUACUUUCUAUCUAAUCUUAGAAGACAUGUUACUCCACAGCAAGGUAUUCUCGUUAUCUCUGAUAGACACAACGGCUGGUGA